UUUAAAAAAAUCUGGAUUUCUUUUGCUUUCACCGAUGGAAAAGUAGUGAUCAGGUUUGAAGUUUGAACACUAUAAAUAUGCUCCAAUACACCUCUAAAUUUACACUACUUCAUCUCCAUGCAUAUUGAGUAGUGUUAGGAUCACUUCUUCAAUUCAAUUCACUGGUCUCCGCCCAACAAUUUUCCUAGCACCUGUCACCUAACACAACUUUAUUUUCUUAUAUUUGGUCCGUUAUAAUAAUGCCAUUUUCCAGUGGUGACGAAGAUGGCGAGGCGUUUGCGGAGGUUGAUCCGUCGGGGCGGUUUGGGCGGUACGAGGAGCUCCUGGGGCACGGGUCGGUGAAGAACGUGCACAGAGCGUUCGAUUUGGAGGAAGGGCGAGACGUGGCGUGGAACCAGAUUAAGCUGAGAAAGUUCAUGGACAAUCCGUGCAUCAUUAGCAAGAUCCACUCCGAGAUUGAGCUGCUAGAAAGCUUGAAGAACGAGAACAUCAUCGUCAUGUAUCAUUUCUGGAAGGACGAGGAGCACAACAUCCUGAAUUUCAUAACCGAGGCGUGCGCCUCCGGCAACCUCAGGGAUUACCGGAACAAGCACCGCCAUGUCUCCGUCAAGGCGAUCAAGAAGUGGUCCAGACAGAUACUUCAAGGCUUGGAGUAUCUCCACACCCAUGAUCCCUGCGUCAUCCACAGAGACCUCAACUGCAGCAACAUUUUCAUCAAUGGCAACAUUGGAAAGGUAAAGAUUGGGGAUUUAGGCAUGGCGGCCAUUGUUGCAAAGAACCAUGCGGCGCAUACACUGCUAGGGACUCCAGAGUACAUGGCACCAGAGCUUUAUGAAGAGAACUAUACAGAACUUGUGGAUAUUUACUCCUUUGGGAUGUGCUUACUGGAAAUGGCGACCUUGGAGAUACCCUACAGCGAGUGUGACAGUAUAGCGAAAAUAUACAAGAAGGUGACCGCCGGCGUGAAGCCUCGAGCUCUGAACAAGGUGAAGGACCCAGAAUUGAAAGACUUCAUUGAGAAGUGUAUUGGGCAACCAAGAGCCAGGCCAUCUGCAUCAGACUUGCUCAAGGACCCAUUCUUUCAAGAUAUUGUUACGUGUGAUUGAUACGAUUCCUUAUCGAGUUUUUAAGAAACUGUUGAGCUUUGGUUACUUAAAAUAAAAUGGUUAUUUGACUUAUUGGAUUGAUUGUUUAGAAAGGAUUCGUUUUUAAGUUUGUUUGAUUACCCCUAUAAGGGACCUUAUUAUAUAGUUGUAUAUUUGAUAGCCCUUAGCUUAUCUAAUGUUAGUAAGGCCUAAUGGAAGGUAUCCUUUUCAAACUAUACUUGUAAUUCUCACAUGGCAUGAAUAAAAGAUGGUAAUGGAAAAUGUUAAGAUAUAGCAUUGUCAACGACUAUUCGACUUUAUUUUAGAAUAUAA